AUGUCCAAUCGGCCCGUGUGCAAGUUUUAUGCCAGCGGCAACUGCAAAAGAGGCAGCAGCUGUAAAUUUGCACAUGUGAAUCCAAAAAAUAAUACCAGAUCCAAUCGCAGAGACUUUACUUCACCGGACAACCUCAACUUCAUCGAAUCCGAAAUCAUUUCCGACAUCAAAAAUGUUCGUCAAAUCAAAGCACAACCGUUACUUUCGUCCUACGGCGUGGGAGAAGACUGCUACCUGUUGAUAAGUGGACGAGAUUUGUCAUUCGAAGAACAACGACUACAGUUUCUCGAAGCCCAAGCAACGAACAAGGUGCCCGAAUUUGAAGCCCAGAUUCGAGCACGAGAAGAAGAUAUGAGGCGAUGCUUCAACCAUAUCCGAGGGCAGGAGAGAAUUGCUGCUCGUUACCUACAGCGAUAUACGGAAGACCCGUCAAAAAUGCAAAAACCAUUCAUUCCAUUUGCUGUGGAAGACACAAUACAAAACAUGCAAAACACAAAUACAGGAUUUGGCGGUGGCAGCAAUGGAAGCGGAGCGUUUGGAGCUGUUUCCAACCCCUUUCAGUCGUCCCAAACUGCAAGUUCAGGAUUUGGUUCUUCUGGAUUUGGAACCGCCAAAAACACAAACUCAGCAUUUGGUUCGAGCGGGUUUGGGUCAGCUGGAAUCUCUCAAACCGGAACCACCAGUGCAUUCGGCAACCAGGGUUUUGGUGCAACGAAACCUUCUGGAGCCUUUGGAACCCUGGGAUUCGGAACCUCUACCACCUCUUCCGCAUUUGGUCUGAGCGGAUUUGGAAGCGCUGGCUUGGGAAAAAGCACUCCAGCACAAUCAUUUGGCCAGUCAACCACCACUGCAUCGCCAUCUUCAAGCACUUUUGGAAAUGGCUCAUCAUCAGCAUUCGGUGCUCCAGCCCAAAGUGGAGCGUUCGGUAGUUCAGGAUUCGGAAAGCCCACGGGUUCGAGCGGACAAAACGGGUUCGGACAGAGUGGGUUCGGAAGCAGUGGAUUUGGACAGAGUGGAUUUGGAAACAGUGGUUCACAAAGUGGUUCUCAAGGUACUCAAGGUUCACAAAGUGGAUUUGGUCAAAGCGGUUCUCAAGGUUCUCAGAGUGGAUUUGGUCAAAGUGGGUUCGGUCAAAGUGGAUUUGGAUCGUCACCUUUCGGCACAGCCAAACAAAAUGCUUCACCUUUUGGCAAUGCUUCUGCCACAAACGCUACCAGCACAGCCGGGGGGUUCGGCUCAUCGGGUUUUGGCUCAGGAAAUUCUGGUUCCGGAACAUCAAAUGGAGCUUCUGGUGUUGGUUCAGGAUCAUCAAAUGUCUUUGGCUCGGGUCAGUCUGCUUCUGGAUCGAAUGGAGGAUUUGGCUCUGCGAGUGGAUUCGGAGCUCCAGCCAGUGGAUUUGGAAAUCAAGGAUUUGGAGGUUCCUCUGCUCAAAGCCCUUUUGCAUCCACAGGAGCUCAGGCCAGUCCCUUUGGUGCAACUUCAUCCUCAUCAAAUUCAGCUUUUGGAAAGCCAAAUGGAUUUUCUCACCAGCCCAAACUCAAUAUAGACUACGAUAAUUUGCAAGUCGACGAAUCUGUUAUCGCGGCUUUUAAGGCUGAGAGGUUCGAAUUGGGAAGGGUGCCGGACAUGGCACCUCCAAUUGCCUAG